AUUUCAUCUCCAGCAAGCCCGGUGCUGAAUUCCCUCCCGAGAAGGGCCGCUAUCACCUUUAUGUCUCAUACGCCUGUCCCUGGGGUGAGUUUCUUGAUUGAUGCAAACUUACCAGUCAUUCAGCAUCCAACUAACCGUGAUCCUUUUCUGUCUUUUGCAGCCCACCGCACCUUGAUCACCCGCAAGCUCAAGGGUCUCGAGGACUUCAUCUCCUUCACUUCCGUGCACUGGCACCUGGGCGAGAAAGGUAUGUCCCGUUCUUUCCCCAGCAUCCACCAUACAGUCCGAUCAAUACUCACGCCCCGAACCACAAUAGGAUGGCGCUUCGCCACCGCGGAGGAGCAAGAACCCUCGCAGAACGUCACCUCGGACCCCAACCACCCGGAAUUCACGCACCUGCGCGAGAUCUACUUCGCCGAAGACCCCGACUACAGCGCGCGCUUCACCGUUCCGGUCCUGUAUGACAAGAAGACCAAGCGCAUCGUGAGCAACGAGAGCGCCGAAAUCAUCCGCAUGCUCUACCACGAAUUCGAUCCCCUGCUUCCCGAACACCACCGCACCAUCGACCCCUACCCAACGGACCUGCAAUCCGAGAUCGACACCUCCAACGACUGGAUCUACAACGACGUGAACAACGGCGUCUACAAGUCCGGCUUCGCCACGACCCAGGAAGCGUACGAGAAGGCCGUGACGCAGCUCUUCGCCUCGCUGGACCGAAUCGAGGAGCACCUGACCCAAAAGAAGGGGCCGUAUUUCUUCGGCGACCGCAUCACCGAGGCCGAUAUCCGGCUGUUCACGACCAUCGUGCGCUUCGACCCCGUCUACGUGCAGCACUUCAAGUGCAAUAUCCGCGAUAUCCGGUCCGGGUACCCCGCCAUCCACCGGUGGUUGCGCACGCUGUACUGGGAGGUGCCUGCGUUCCGCGACACGACCAACUUCGAGCAUAUCAAGAAGCACUAUACCAAGAGUCAUAAGCAGAUCAACCCCUUCGGGAUCACGCCGGUGGGGCCGGUGCCGGAUGUGUUGCCGUUGGAGGAGGAGGUGCGGGCUGUUGUUUAGGGUUUUAGGAAAGGGUCCAUGGGGGCGAAAGGGGAUUAAAAUGUUGCUAGGCGGUAUUGUUGUUUGGU